AUGGACCGGACCCCUGCUAACAGCCCUAGAGGGAUGAUGGCAGGGGCCCGGUCCAGGACGACAUGCUACACAUAUCAGUCACUUCUUCGUGAUAACACACGAGUAGACACGAUAUCCAGCCCCAGAGGUAUCAUGGCUCAAGUCACAACACACCCUAUGGCUCACCAAGAAGCAUGCAUACACAAGGUGCACACGCGAGAUGCGAUAGAGUUGAUAUCUGGAUGGAAUAUCCAGGCCUAUGCGCUCCUACUCCUAGCAGCUGAGGUCUUGACCACCCCUCUGGAAUCGUCGGGGUAG